CCGGUGUUACCUGAAAACAUUAUCUGCUUCAACUUGAAUGUUAGACAUCCUGUCACACUAGAAGCUAUCCAUCUACUUACAUUUUCUACUUAGGAACACCAACAUUACAAUAUGCAUGAUUGUUAAGUGAAAGAAUUUACCAAGUUUUGUUGGUACAAUGUCAGACACUAUGACAAAUUUCCAAACUCAGUCAAGCAGUAAUAAGAACUGUUGUUCAAACACACAUAAUAUAAGCAAUGGAACAGAUGAAGAGAUGUGCCAAGAGAAGUCUCAUGACAGCAGCACCACAGAAAACACAGCCACCAAAGAGAAUGGCAAAAACACUGAUGAAAAGCAUUCCAAAUUUACUGGCUUUGGUAUUCCAUUGAAUGUACAGAGAUAUGAGGCUGUGAGGAAGGAACUAGGAAAAGAAAACAUAGAAUCGUGUAUUGACUUUGGUGCGUCCGAAUGUCGUGUCAUCGAUCAGUUCAGCCAAAUUGCCAAUUUGAAGCAGUUGACUCUUGUGGAUUUGGACCGAAAUACACUUGUAGCCAAUCUUCACCGCCUCACUCCACGCCUCAUGCACUACUCCCGCUCCGUCCAGCUGACUGUAAAUGUCUACGAAGGAGAUGUUACCAAGUAUGAUAGCCGCAUGAAGAAUUACGAUGCAAUUACCAUGAUUGAACUCAUUGAACAUCUGAUUCCUGAAGACCUGAAGAAAUGUUGCAACACGGUAUUCAACCAAUUGAGGCCAAAGCUUGUUGUAGUAACCACUCCUAACUCUCAGUUCAAUGUUGUGUUUGGAAUGACUGCUGGUGAGAUGAGGCACUGGGACCAUAAAUAUGAGUGGACGAUGUCGGAAUUCCAAAGUUGGGGAGAUGAAAUAUGUACGUCUUUUGGCUACAAAGUAGAAUACUCAGGUGUUGGAGUGACCGACCUCGUUCCAGAUGUGGGCUUCUGUAGUCAGAUUGCUGUUUUCAAACGAGAAGAAGGCUUCUUAAGCAAACCAAGCAUAGAUCUUCAUCAAGAGGUUUAUAAAUAUAUCACCAAAAUAGAUUUUCCCUUUACAACAGAAGAAAGCAAACAGAAUAUUCUUUUGGAAUCAGUUAAAUAUUAUCUUCGGAAGUAUGCCUGCGACUGGAACAUUCUUGGUGAUCAUCCUGAAGAACUUGAUGGACGAGGACUGGAAGAAACCAAUGACAGCAACAGUGUGAAAGUUCCUCUCAGUGAAUUGAUGUUGUACAGCAGUGUAUGGGAAAACUGCAAAGAUCGGAAAGCCUUAGGAGAUUUCUUGCUAUCAUCUGGUUAUACGCUAUCGUCUGAUGGCGAGAGUGUUCUGGUGGAGAAGAUACAAUUUGAAAGCAACAACUACAGCAGCAGCUCAGAUGAAAGUUUGAAUGAAGAUGACCAGUAUGGUGAUGCUGAAGACGAUUAUUCCAGGAGUUUACUGAUUGGCGGUACUUACAAAGUUCCUUGUAUCGAAGAACAAUGGGAUUAAUGGUCACUAUUCAAACAUUUAUUUGUUAUUGAGUUGUUUCUUUAUUGUUUCUUUUUUAACUGCAAUGUGAUGGUUUGCUUUUCUCAGAGAUCCUGAUGAUAGAUAAGAGUUUUAGCUGAAAGAAGGGAGGUGGUACAUGAUUAAUAUUAUCUGUUAGUUUCGAGAAGCUGUGAUGUGUUGUUUGUAAGAGGUGUUUUAAUCAAACAUUUGUAACUCUAGUCUGUUGGAGUUUAGUCUGAAGUUACUGGUGUCCCAUCCAGGGAGAGUGGUUUCACUUCUCAUCUACAUAACAUUACAAUGUUCUGAGCUAAACAUUGUAUUUGUGAAGCCUUGUCCUCAUAGAGAUAUUUAUUUAUCUAUUUAUUUGAUAUUUUAUUGUCUUAUGUCGCAGUUUGGUGCUGAAUUAUGGAUACUUUUAAUAAUCAGUGGAGAUGAAAGAAUUAAGAAAAAUCAAAGAUAAAAAACAAAACCAAAUAUAUAUCUGCGUUGAUAUUUUAAAUAACAAAGGAGAAAAUAUAUUUUAAUUUUUAUCACUAUAUUUAUUUACUCUGAUUGUCUUCCAGUGUCCCUUUGCCUAUCUUUUACAUAUCUUCUAGAUCUAUAUUCCUACAUCAAUCAAUCAAUCAAUCAAUCAAUCAAUCAGUCAAUCAAUUAGUCAUUGAAUUUGUUUCUUUAUCUGCCCAAUCAUCCAUCUGCUUAUUUAUCACAUCCUCUACUACUACUACUACUACUAUUACUACUACUACUACUACUACUAUCACUACCACGGCUGUCACCACCACCAUUAUCUGAAGUUCUUGUCUCUUGGAACAAUUCAAUAAUUUUACACAAUAACUCAUAUCAACACUGACAUUUUUGGCUGCAACCAGAAAGUUCUUAGUGUGGCUCCACUUCUUGGACAUGCUAUUAUAAACAAAUAACUAAAAUAAAAUGAAAAUGUGACUAAAAGCUAGUUGUCGCAUCAGAGCCAUGUGAUAUCAGCAAUAUCAUCAUCUUCAUCAUCAUCAUCAUUGUUUAACUUCCAUCACCCAUGCUGGCAUGGCUUGGAUGGUUUGACAGGAUCUGACUACUCAGAGGGUUGCAUUGAGCUCCAGUAUCUGCUUUGACAUGGUUUCUAUGGCUGGAUGCCCUUCCUAUUGCCAACCACUUUAUAGAGUGUACUGGGUACUUUUGCCAUUGGCACUCGUGAGGUUGCCGAUUAGCUCACUAGAUAAGACCCCAUAACCGAUGGAAGUGUAGUAUUGAGGGCAGUGACUUUAUGCCAGGAGUUGAGAGGCUAAAGUAUGAUAGAGGGACACAAACAGGUGUCUUGCUGAAGAGGGGAUACAUGGUUGCCCCAGCUGGGAGAAGAGAGAAGACGAUGGUGGGGAUGAGGUGUCAGGAUAUAUCCUCCUCCUCAUCAUCAUCGUUUAACGUCCGCUUUCCAUGCUAGCAUGGGUUGGACGAUUUGACUGAGGACUGGUGAAACCGGAUGGCAUCACCAGCCUCCAAUCUGAUUUGGUAGAGUUUCUACAGCUGGAUGCCCUUCCUAACGCCAAUGCCCUUCCUAACGCCUCAGGAUACAAUAAAUGGUUAAAAAGAAAAUAGGCAUAGAAUUGAGGAUGGCUGGGUGGUAUGUUUUUAAGAGUGUGAAAGGGGAAUGAUAGAUGGUUAUAGAUGGGGGGGGGGAAGAGACGUGAAUGCAGUGAACACAAGUGAACAUAGCUGGAGAUAUGGUCAAUGGUGAAUCUCAGUUUGGGAGAGAAGCGAGAAGAAAUAGGACUGGAUGAGGAGGAAGAAGGUGAUAAGUAAAAAAGUAAAGUAAAGUUACCUUCUAGAAUCAUGCUGACUCAUAAGGGCCAGUUCCCCAGUUUUAUGGCAUAUAAAUUUCCCCACCUGGAUGGGAUGCUGGUCCAUUGCAGGGUUACUCGUUUUUGCCACCUGAGUGGACUGGAGCAACGUGUCAUCCAGUCCAGGAAUCAAAGCCAUAAUCUUACAAUUAUGAGUCCACCACCCUAUCCACUAAGCCACUACAAGGUGAUAAGUGGAAAUAUAUAAAAGAAGGGGAGGGGGAGAGUAAUCAUCAUCAUCAUCAUCAUCGUUUAACGUCUACUUUCCAUGCUAGCAUAAGUUGGACGAAUUGACUGAGGACUGGUGAAACCAGAUGGCUACACAAGGCUCCAAUCUGAUUUGGCAGAGUUUCUACAGCUGGAUGCCCUUCCUAACGCCAACCACUCCGAGAGUGUAGUGGGUGCUAGUCUAGUUUUAUAUUUUUCAAUGUUUCUUUUUUCUCUCAAUUUUUUGAAUGUGUUUCUUGCUGUUUGAAAUAACACAAUUCCUAUUUCUCUCAUCAAAGUUUCUAGACCUUCACAGUCUCAUUUUCAUCUUCACCGAUGAGAUAUUGCCAGCAUGUUUUGUUGUCACUUCACAACAGGCAAAGCCAAUGUGAUUGAUUCAGACAUAAACACUAGGAUUUUAGUAUAAUAAAACUGUAAAUGAAUGAGAAAUAGGUAGAUGAUGUGAAGUGUAAGGGUGAGAGAGAAGGGGAUGUAUAGUGAAAGAAGAGAAAAGAGAUUUUGGUAGAAAUCUUUGUUUAUACAAUGAGAGGGAGAAAGUGAAGUUGCUCCAGAAAAAUUUUACACAAGAGGGAGAAAUUUUUUUCACUGAUAAUUUUGAUUUUCUGUCUUAGACAGGCUUGGCAUAUCGUAUUUCUCUUUUCGUUUGUGGCAUAGAAACUUUAAUAAAGUCAUGGACUUUACUACAUUACAUAAAUGUUUUGACAUAAUGACAUCACCAGUCAUAGGCAAGUGAUGAUGGUUUAACCCUUACCUUCCAAUUCUCUGUAAAUUUACCAUGUUGCAUGUUACGGCUGUUGACAUUUGAUACUUGGUAGAUGGUGAAUGAUUAUAAAAUGUUUGUGUCAUAUGUCUGGUGAUACUAAUGCAGUCCAAUUCAGAAGUGUCAUUGAACCCUUUAGCUUUCAGUUUAUUCUGUCAAAUGUAAUGCUUAUUUAUUCACAUUGUUUUGAAUUUAUCCUGCAUUAUCUUGUAAAACUUGAGAUUUUAAUGAUGUCAUUGUUUAUCUUCUAAAUGACAUUCUAGAGUAGGUGUGAGAUGUCAGAUGUGGCCAAUCUGAACCUAUAGCAAGUAGAAUAUUUUGGCCAGAUAUGACCGGUUUAAAUGCUAAAGGGUUAAGGAAACAGGUCACAGGAGCAGAAAAGUUGUGGCAUUGGGAGUUGGAAGGAACCAGAUGCAUACAAUGUAUCCAUGUUAUAUUUAGGAAAAAUUUCUCUGGUUGAUUGGUUAUUGUGAACUCAAAUCAUACUACUACACCCCUUGUAAUGUGCAUCUGCUCCCCCAUCCUCUGGGCAACGCACCUAACUUAGCCUCUUUGAGUGUGCUUGAUUGACAAAAUAGAUUCCAUUCCUACUUUGUGGUUAAGCAAUUGGCAGAAGAAAGAUUAUCCAGAUGCAAAAAAUAAAAUAAUUACCCUUACAAUGAAUAGGUAAGAAAAUGUACCAAAAAAUGAAUGCAUAAAGAAAUAAAUAUAACAAUUUAAAAAUACCAUUCUACCCAUGUUUUUAAGGGGAAAAAUCAUUCCUGAAUUCAAACAAUGUCGGAAUUAUGGUGUCAUAUCAAUCAUCAUCAUUGUCGUUUAAUGUCCGCUUUCCAUGCUAGCAUGGGUUGGACAAUUUGACUGAGGACUGGUGGACCAGGCUCCAAUCUGAUUUGGCAGAGUUUCUACAGCUGGAUGCUCUUCCUAAUGCCAACCACUCCAAGAGUGUAGUGGGUGCUUUUACGUGCCACUGGCAUGAGGGCCAGUCAGGUGGUACUGGCAACGGCCACGCUCGAAAUGGUGUCAUAUCAAUCCUUGGAAUUUAUUCCAGUGAUAUUUUCCAAGUGCUACAUCUUUUGCUUAUGCCAUUAAAAUAAUUUGACAUCAAAGGAGUAUAAACAUCGAAGUAUUACAAUAAAUUGAAAAAUAAUCUUGAAAGGAUUUUUUUUUUUUUGAUUUCCUGAAAUAAACAUUUUACUGAAAAUAUUUUCUAUAUGUUCUCUCUAUGAAUUCUUUUGUUAGAAUGAAAUUUUAUAAAUUCCAAAUUCUUAAAGAUUAAAGAUUGACAUCAUCCAAGCCAUAUUUUGUUUUCUUACCAACCAUGUUUUUUCCUGCAGAUAUUCAGGUUGGGUAUUAGGCAUCACAUUCCCAAUCUCACCAGUCUUGGAGAGUAUAGAAAGACCAUGGGUAUCAUCUCAAUUUUCUUGACUAGUUUUAAAAAAACAAACACAAAAGCAAAAGCCCCCUCCCCGCCUCCUCCCUCUGGUCCCUUUUGAACCCUUAUUUUUAUCUGCUGACAUUGAUGUUAAAUUGUUUAACAUGUUCAGGAUGGAUAUUCUUUGCAUCAGCUGGUGGGGGUGGGGCUACUGCCUCUUCUGCUCCUGAUUUUUGACAAAUGGGACAACAAAGAUUUAAUUCCUUUGCAGUUCUUCCUGUAGAAUAUGGUCUGAAAUAGCAAAAUCCUCUGAGCAAAGAGAAGAAACAGUUUACCUAAUUUUGUUAAAUGGCUACAUUCAUCCAUCCAUUGUUUUCACCGACUGUUCUUGAGAGGGGGUUGUGGGGAUAAAAUCCUCAGGCACCUCUUCCAUAGGGUCAUAUCAGAAGCAAUCAUGAGGUAGUGAGUUCAAUUUCCGGACUGGACUGUGUGUUGUGUUCUUGAGCAAGACACUUUAUUUCAUGUUGCUCCAAUUCACUCAGCUGUAGAAAUGAAUUGUAGCGUUAUUGGUACCAAGCUGUAUCGGUCUUUGCCUUUCCCUUGGACAACGUCAGUGGCAUGGAGAGGGGAAGCUGGUAUGCAUGGCGACUACUGGUCUUCCAUAAACAACCUUGCCCGGACUUGUGCAUUGGAGGGAAACUUUCUAGGUGCAAUCCCAUGGUCAUAACCAAAAAGGGUCUCAUCCCUUUACCAUAUGUGACACAAGUGUUAAACAGGGGUUUAAAAGGUCUGAUCUACACAUUUGGUCCACCUGCUGGAAAUAACAGCCAAAUUUCUCUCCAGUUAUGCCAUACCACUUUAAAGAGAAAAGUCAGAAUUGGAUAAUUUAGAUUUUGAUAUGCAAACAUGGAAUGGUCAUGACUGGAAGACCUUUUCAUUGAAGGUUUGCUUAAUGAAGACUAACAUUAAGUUAAACAACAACAACAACUAAUACCACAGCAUAAAGCUAACAAUGCCUCACAAUCAAUGUUUGCUUUUAAAGUGAAAAUGAAGGAAUAGUUUUUGUUAAUAUUUGCUGAUGAUAAGGUAGUGAGGUGGCAGAAUCAUUAGUACGCCAGACAAAAUGCUUAGCCACAUUUUGUCCGUCUUAACAUUAUGAGUUCAAAUUCCACCGAGGUUGACUUUGCUUUUCAUCCUUUCAGGGGCCAAUAAAAUAAGUACCAGUUGAGCACUCGGGUUGAUACAGUUGACUUACCCACCACUCUGAAAUUGCUGGCCUUGUGCCAAAAUUCGAAACCUAUAUUUGAUGGUGAUUUUUUUCAGAUUUUUUGCUAUUUUGUAACCAUAUUUUUGUUAAAAUACACUCUCUUUGCUUCAAUCAAUUUUGGAAAUAAAGAUGAAUUUAGAACAUGAAUCACCAUAAAAAAUUUUUCAGAACGUUUUCAUUUACAUCACUUUGAAAAGCAGGAAGAUUGUAUCAUAGAAACAGGAAUGGUCUUGGAUGGGUUGAUAUGGAAAGGGUUAACCAAUUGCAAAAGGAAACUUCUGGCACUUUUUCCACUGCUUUAUCUUAAACCCUUUUGUUAACCAUAUUUCUUGGGAAUUCACUGCUUUUGUUUCAACUAAUUUUCAAAAUUAUGAAAAAUGUAGUAAAAUAACCUAAGCUGGCGUUUAGAACAUUAUUUAAUAUAAAAUUUUGAUGCGAGGUUUUAAUAUGAAUCACUCCAACCUUUUAACAUUCAAAUUAACUCUGUCAAAUGUAAUGCUUAUUUACUCACAUUGUUUUGAGUUAGUUGUACAUUAUCAUGUAGCUUCAAGAUUUCAUAUGAUUAUUUAUUUUUAGAAUGACAUUAUAGGCCAGUUCGAACAUGGAAUAUUUGGGCUGAAUGCAACUGGCUUAGAUGCUAAUGGGUUAAAACAGGUAGUUCAUAUCACAGAACCAGGGGUGGUCCCAGGUGGGUUUGAUAUAUCAAAAGGGUGAACAACACCUCUUCUCCAAUAUUUAGAUAUUUAACCCUUUAGUAUUCAAAUUACUCAGUCAAAUGUAAUACUUAUUUAUUCACCUUCUUUUGAAUUGAUCAUGCACAAUCUUGUAGCUUUGAGAUUUUGAUGAUGUGAUUGUUUUUAUUUUUAAAAUGACAUUAUAGGGUAAAGUUUGAACAUAAAACAAUUAGAACAUUUUGGCCAGUUUAAAUACUAAGGAGUUAAUAUGAGAGAUUCAUAUGAAAAAUCUUGCAACAAUGGGGUCGCACAAAGGACAAAAAGAAAAUUACCUUGUUCUUCAUACUUAAGGGAAAAUAAAAAUUCUACAAAAUCAUUUAAACCUUAUACAUUAUAAUAUAUCACCACCAAACCUAACAAAUGUAAAAAAUUUAAGUUUAAAACAAAAUUUCCCUCAAAACAUGACAGAGGCUUAUGUUACUGGCACACAACUUUUACUCAGAAUUUAUUUAACUAACUUUUGAAUUUAAUGAAAUAAUUUAAUUUUAUUGAUGUCAGUUAUUUCAACUUGCUUUUGUUAAACAUUCAUUUGCAAUGCAGCUUGUAUACAUGGACAUGUUUGUGUAUAUAAUUUAACCAAGUGUAUAUUUAUAAUGUGCAUUUAUAUAUAUUUUAUUUUCAGUAAGUGUUAUGUAUAUGGUUAUAUAUUACAUGUUUGUGUAUAUAAUGCUGAAUGUAUGUACAUAUUUCUGUCUAAUUUAUUUUUUCACAGUGAUAUAAAAUGUGCAAUUCUAAUUUAUAAUGUAUGUAUAAUUUCAUUGAUUAAUGUAUAUAUAUAUAUAUAUAUAUAUCUAUAUAUAUAUAUAAUUUAUUGAAUGUUUAUAACUUUACCAAUUCAGUGUAAUUGUAAUUUAUUUUUUCCUUCACUUUGAUCUAUUGAUUAUAAAUGAUGAUUAUUAGAUGACUCGUGAUUUGUAUCAAUUUAUGGCUUGUGUUAGUUGACUGUAAGCAAUGUACACAGUGUUUAAGGUCUUUCUUUUGAAUCAUUUGUAAUUGCUACAUAUUAACAAUAAUUACACUGGAGGUGUAAUUGUAAAAGACAUCCUGUUUAAUUCAUCUGUGUUUAAGAUAUGCUGAUGGCAAUCAGUAUUUUUUUUUUUUUGUCACUGAUUUUUGUAUUAAAGAAAACAACAAAAUAAAAAUUAUAUAAAAUUGUACAAAAUUCAAAUUUUGAUGAAUUAAAAUUAAUUGAUAUUUUAUUAAGAUCUC